CUUGACACAGACACAAAAUCCACAGGACGUAAAACCCAACGAUUCAACGUCUUUAGUAUGUAUAAAUGUGCGCGAGCGGCGCAUACUUCAAAAACGUUCGUGUCCUCACCCAGUGCACUUGUUACUUGGAUAUACGAUGAAAACCACGUGUCUAGUCAUUGCCUGCGUGAUCGUCGCGUGCGCGGCACAAGCACAACGCGACGAAGCGCAGAAGCGCAGCUCGGGCGGUUACGGGUUCCUGCGACCCGGUUACGACGGGUACUCGGGACCCGGGUAUAAUGGUUAUCCCGGAUAUAAUUCUCAGUAUGGGGGCUACAACGAGUAUCAGAGCGGCUACGGGGGCCCCGGUUUCGGGGGCCCCGGGUAUGGAGGCCCUGGGUUCGGGGGCCCCGGAUACGGCAACCCCGGAUACGGCGGAUAUCCCGGAUACGGCGGAUACCCGGGUUAUGGUGGUUACCAAGGCUACCGGCCCCGCCCCGGAUAUCCGUUCCGCCCUGGCCAGUACCGACCCGGAUAUAACUCCGGUUACGACAAAUAUCCGGGUUACAGCAGCUACAUAGCCGGCUUCGCCGAUAAUGAUGACGAUCUGUUCAGUCGCAGCGCUAAAAAGGACGUAAAGGCGGACGAAUAGAGGCUACUUAGUUAUGUGUAAUAAAGUUAUUUUUAUUUAA